AUGGGACCAGGAAACCAAACGUGUGUUUCUGAAUUCUUCCUCCUGGGAUUUUCCGAAAAGUCAGAGCAACAGCUGCCUCUCUUUGGGUUGUUCCUGAGCAUGUACAUAGUUACUUUGUUUGGAAAUCUGUUUCUUAUGAUAGCCAUUGGCUUGGACUCCCACCUCCACACCCCCAUGUACUUCUUUAUUUCUAAUCUGUCCUUGGUGGAUCUUUGUCUUGUGUCCACCACCGUCCCCAAGAUGCUGGUUAACAUCCUGACACACAGUAAAGCCAUUUCCUAUGUUGGCUGCUUCACUCAGAUGUAUUUCUUCUCAGUCUUUGCUUGUAUGGACAAUUUCCUUCUUGCUGUGAUGGCUUAUGAUCGCUUUGUGGCCAUUUGUCACCCUCUGCGCUAUGUAGCCAUCAUGAAGCCACAACUUUGUGGUCUACUGGUUCUGAUCUCCUGUGUUCUUAGUCUUUUAACUUCUCUCCUUCACAGUCUCAUGACAACGCAUCUCUCCUUCUGUAAAGACCAUGAAAUCCCAUACUUCUUCUGUGAUCUUACUCAGCUUCUGAAGCUCUCUUGUUCUGAUACCUUCAUCAAUAAUAUUUUGGUUUAUUUUACAACUAGCCUCCUGGGUAUUGUCCCUCUCACAGGGAUUAUUACUUCUUAUACACAGAUCUGUUCUUCUAUUUUGAAAGUCCCAUCUGCUGAGGGGAAGCAUAAAGCCUUUUUAACCUGUGGGUCUCACCUCUGUGUUGUUUCAUUAUUUUAUGGCACAGUUUUUGGAGUAUACAUGACAUCAGCUACCCACACCUCCUGGAAAAGCAUGGUUGCUUCAGUGAUGUAUGCUGUGGUAACCCCCAUGCUGAAUCCCUUCAUUUAUAGCCUGAGGAACAAAGACAUAAAAGAUGCCUUGAAGAAAUUGGGCAGGAUACUAUAUUUACUAAAAUAA